AUGUGCGCUCUCGAUUACCGGUACAAUUUAGACGGCUACCAACCGACAGCAGCGGAUCACAAUAUGUUUCAGUUUGUGAGCUAUAAAUUACUUCGGAACAAAGCCAAUAGGCGCCAUAGAAAACGGGGAAACGCAACAUUUCUAAUUGAGAUGAUGAAUAUUUACUGGGCCCUAAUUUUCUUAUUUGUGUCCCAGGUAGGUUCGGAGAACGGCAGCACGGGGUCCAGCACUACGGCACCACAGCCAACUGCCGCCACUCCGCCAACUGUCCGUAACACCACAAAGCCAGCAACGUCGCCUUCGCCUCAGACAACCACAACAACCACAAGAGCUACACCAACCACAACAGCCCCAAGAGCCACACCAACCACAACAGCCCCCAGAGACACACCAACCACAACAGCCCCAAGAGAUACACCAACCACAACAGCCCCAAGAGCCACACCAACCACAACAGCCCCAAGAGCCACACCAACCACAACAGCCCCAAGAGACACACCAACCACAACAGCCCCAAGAGACACACCAACCACAACAGCCCCAAGAGCCACACCAACCACAACAGCCCCAAGAGACACACCAACCACAACAGCCCCGGCAACCACAACAACGGUAAAGGUGACAACCAGCUCAGGCGACUCAGUUCCGAAGUCGGCAACCCAGGCAACAGCAUCCCUACAGGCUGCUGGUGGGGAAUCGGCUGCAUUCAGCGUUCACUGGGAAAAGAAACAUUUGGUCUGGUCAGCAUGUCUCGUGCUCCUGCUUAAUUGACCCCUUUGUGAUUUGCGUGUAACCGUUGCCCAGUUCACAUUCCCUCAUUUGUAUUCAAAUGGAUCAGGCAACUUGAUUCCCUGAACCACACAAAUUUUCCAAUUGUUUAUCAUCAGAGUUUAUUGCCAGCAUAUAUUGUGAAGGGAACAGAAUAUUUGGUUAAGGCAGAAAAAUUCAUUAGUUUAAUUACGCAACCAUCUCCCAUAGCAUUAUUGCACUUGGCUCUCGCAACUUCAUCAGCAUUUUGCAUAUCAUUAACUGUGCCCAACCUCAAUGAAGACACCGUGAUAUACUUGAUAACAGCCAAAAGCUGUUAUCAGUUGUUGGAGUUUAUGAUGUACCUUCAAUAUUAUACCUUCAAUAUUAUAUAAUCCUGGUAAAUAAACUGGUGAUCCGUAUACAUAAAAUGCAG